CAACACACACACACAAAUGCAUACAUACAUAGGCUGCUGCCAUUUCAUUCCUCUGAUUGUACUUCUAUGUGUCACCGUUAAUGACCAAGCAAGAUAAUUCAACAGAUGCAGCACUUCCCACAUUCUGAUCUUGGCGCCCCAGAGACACGGCCCGCUUGCACAGAGAAGGGAAGGGGGCGUCGCCUGAGGGGAGAUCCCGCGGGGAUCGCUUUCUCUCCAGCCCACCGGCUCAGCCGCCGCUUGGUCCCUGCGCAAUCCUAAGAACUUUACUCACCCUCCUCCCUCUCCCUCUCCCUCCCAGAGGGGAGGAUUUAAUGAAUGAAUGAACGAGGCGGCGGCGGCAGCGCUGGGCUGAUCUCCUUCCUGGCCGCUCGCUCCGCUUUCCAGCCGUACCGAGUAAGAGAAGAAGACGGACCACCGGGCACAUGCCACACUGUUGAGCCGCCGCCAGGGAGGCAGAUAAAGCGCAAGGAAGGGCUACUCUCUCCCAGGGCGGGAAGUUGCUCCAGGCCGGGGCUUGGAGGUAGCUCGUUUUCAGGGAGCAUCCCUCCUGUUGCCCGGUUGUCGUGAGGACAGCGGUCCCGCCUCCCCAGGCUCUGGAAGGCGCGGAGACGACCAAUACCGGACUGGAUUUCUGCUCGGCUGGCUUCCCGUGAGGUGCGUGUUUGACCGGACUGCCGCUUCCGAGGUUGCCUCGCUCUUUGGCCUCCCGAUUGUCGGCAGGCCUGCUCGGCUCUCCGGUGUUGGGGCGAAGGAACACGUGUCGUUUCCUCUGGCCUGGAGGGUGGUGGUGGACGAGACUUCGGUCUCUGAGCGCGUUCCCACGAUCGGAAUCCACGCUUGACUGGAAUCCCGGUUAGAUGAUGGGCGGUCUCUUAACUCCGGGUGUGAGGGGAAACGCGCGUGCGAGCGGCUAUUCACCAAAGGAACAUGUAAAUUCAAGGUUCUUCCUUGGUCCCCACUGAACAAGCAGGAUGCCAGAGCAAAGUAAUGAUUACCGAGUGGUUGUGUUUGGAGCUGCAGGUGUUGGUAAGAGUUCCUUGGUACUUCGUUUCAUACAGGGGACCUUCCGGGAGACAUACAUCCCCACUGUUGAAGAUACGUAUCGCCAGGUGAUCAGCUGUGACAAGAACAUCUGUACUCUUCAGAUCACAGACACCACCGGAAGCCACCAAUUCCCUGCCAUGCAGAGGCUCUCCAUCUCGAAAGGCCAUGCAUUCAUGUUAGUAUACUCUGUGACCAGCAGGCAAUCCAUAGAAGAGCUCCAGCCAAUCUAUGAGCAGAUCUGUCAGAUCAAAGGAGACAUUCAGAAAGUCCCAAUUAUACUUGUAGGAAACAAGAGCGAUGGCCCUCAAAGAGAAGUGGGCACCAGUGAAGGAGAAGUCCUUGCCGCAAAAUGGAAAUGCUCCUUCAUGGAGACCUCAGCCAAAAUGAACUACAAUGUGCAGGAGCUUUUUGAAGAGCUCCUUAAUUUGGAAAAGAGAAGAAAUGUAAGUCUGCAGGUGGAUGGCAAGAAAUCAAAGCAGCGGCGAAAGAAGGAUAAACUGAGAAGCAAAUGUUCUGUGAUGUGACACCUACUGUGUGGCUAAAAUAAGAGUGCAGUCUUGAUCUUGCAGGACAACUAGUCAGAGAAAAUUCUGAUUAUUGAGAUUUUCAGAAGUGAAGUAAGAUGUUACUAUUAAAUGUGGGUUGGAUUGUUUGAAUAUUUACUUAAGGGUGGUUGGAUUUUGCAUGUUCCUUUUUUGCCCAAGCAUCAACUGUGCCUACUGCAAACUGGUCAAUACUGUUCUGUGGUCAAGUGCAUGAUAAAAGUGGCAUAAAUAAUCUUAAACCUGCAAUGUACUCCAACAUUUUUAUAUUUUCUUUGAUUUGCAACUUAUUUCCUAUUUUACAAAUACUAAUGUGAAUGAAAAAAUCACAACAGGAUUCUACUGAGUAAACCAGUAUGAUUAGACAGUGCUACAGCCAAUGCUUGCAUAUACUUGGAGCAAAAAAUAAAUGCUUACAGAUAUAACUUGUUCUUUUACUACUAUAGAUUAUUUAUAUUAUUUAUGGUGGUCCUUCAAAUAUGUAUAUUUAUAGGAAAGAAACUUUGUUCUCAAGUGUUCCAUGUUAUAUGUAAAUACUUUGUAUGCUGUAAUUCUACAUUGGCAAGAUUUUAUGUGAAUGAUUAAAAUUAAAUGAGUUUUUAAUGUGUAUCUAUUUACUUUCCAACUGCUAAUUAGAAAGAUUGAUUUUCCAAAAAGACAGAUUUAGUUAAUUUAAUUGUUUUUUUGGGGGGGAAUUUUGGUACUCUGCCUCUUUUAUAAAAAGAAUAAAAGAGGCUGGAGUACUAAAACAAAUUAUCUUGAUACAGCUGGCAUGGAACACCUGAUCUUCUAAUACAGUCUGUUUUAGCUUGCCAAAUUA